UCGGCCGCACGCCGCUUGGACGACGGCGACUGCCACGACGUCUUCGGCAACUGCGCCGCCUACGUCGCCGCGGGCCACACGUGUGAAGCGAGCUUCUGUGAAGGCUGCGACUGGGCCGGGCAAUGCGACGCGUACUGUGGUGUCUGUGGGGGCGAGUGUAGAGACACCUACGACCACUGCCAGGCGUUCAUUUCUACAUCAGAGGAAAGUUGUUCGGACUUGUUUUGUGAGGACUGCUCAUUUAGCGGCUACUGCGACGCGUCGUGCGGCCUGUGCUACGUGCCGCCGUCGGCGGCGCCGACGCCGCAGCCCUCGGCCGUACCGUCGUCAAGGCCUUCCUUGAGACCGACGCGGGUCCCGACGACGGCGCCACCGACGUCGUCCAUGCCUUCGGACCGGCCGAGUGUUUCGCCGACGACCGCGGCGCCGUCGUCGAAGCCGUCUUCACUACCUACGUUUGCGCCGACCGCACGACCGUCACCUGCGCCAUCUCCACGCCCAUCAGCGACGCCUUCGGUGCGGCCUACACUAACACCGUCGCGCGCGCCUUCCACGAGCCCGACGCUGCGGCCCACAUUUGAGCCUUCAUCAAAGCCAACGGCGACGCCGUCGACGGCUGCGCCCUCGCCGCGGCCCACGCCGGCCCCGUCGCCGGCCCCUUCGCCGUCGCCUUCAUCGAUGCCGACGACGCCCGCGCCCUCGUCGGAACCCACGGCUGCGCCAACGCCGCGGCCCACGACGCCGGCGCCGACGGCAGAGCCGGGCCACCCGACGGCGGCGCCCGUCCCGCGGCCGUCUCCCGGACCGUCCGCGGCGCCGACGCGGAGCCCCUCGCGACGGCCGACCCUCGUCCCCGUGCCCGUGCCGACGGCCGUGCCGUCGCCGGGACCGAGUGCCGCUCCGACUCUUGGGCCGACGCGAGGACCGAGCCCUCGGCCGACGACGCUCCGGCCGACGCCGCACCCGACGCCAGCGGCGGGCGAUCCCACGGCGGCGCCGGUCGUCGCGCCGUCGCGGCCGCCGACCUCGCCGGAAGCGACGCACGCGCCGAGCCCGGGACCGACGCAAACGCCGUCGCCCGGUCCGAGCCGCUCGCCGUCGCGCCAGCCGAGCGCCGCGCCGACGACGCCGGCGCCGUCGCGGCGCCCGACGCCGGCGCCGACGGCGCGGCCCGGCGACCCCACGGCCGCGCCCGCGCCGCUGCCGACGCUGACGCCGACGCCGCGCCCGUCGACCGUCGUGCCGACGCUCCUGCCUUCGGCCGCGCCCACUACGGAGCCCACGGCCGAGCCCACGGCCGAGCCGACCGCGGAGCCCACUUCGAAGCCGACAAGCGAACCGUCGGCCGCGCCCGCGCCCGCGCCGACGCUCGCGCCGACGACGCGGCCUCCGACCGUCGCGCCGGGCCGCCCGACGGCGCCUCCCGCCGCGAGUCCGACGGCGGCGCCCACGACGCUGCCGACCGCGCUUCCGACGGCCGAGCCGACGUCGGAGCCCACUCCUGAGCCGACGACUGAGCCGCCGACUGCGGAGCCUGCGGCCGAGCCCACGGCCGAGCCGACGACCGAGCGGCCUACGGCUGGGCCUUCGAGCGAGCCCACGGCCGAGCCAACGACCGAGCGGCCUACGCCUGCGCCCACGACGCCGCGGCCGACCACUGGCGAGCCGACGGCGCAACCGACGACGGCACAGCCGACGACCGGCGCGCCGACGACGGCCCGAGACGAACAAAACUCCUACGUCGCCGACAACAAGGAAGGGCCCCCGACGGCCGAGGAGGCGCGGGCCGGCGCCGGC